GACGACCCGGAAGUGGCAUGAACGGGAACCCGGAAGUCCUGGUAAGGGAAGCGGGCAGAGACUCCGGCCAGGAUGGACGACACUCUCUUCCAGUUAAAGUUCACAGCCAAGCAGUUGGAGAAGCUUUCCAAGAAGGCGGAAAAGGACUCCAAGGCUGAGCAAGCCAAAGUCAAGAAGGCUCUUCAGCAGAAGAACGUGGAAUGUGCCCGUGUCUACGCAGAGAAUGCCAUCCGGAAAAAGAACGAAGGGGUCAACUGGCUGCGCAUGGCUUCACGAGUAGACGCAGUAGCCUCCAAGGUUCAGACAGCGGUGACCAUGAAAGGGGUGACGAAAAACAUGGCCCAGGUGACCAAGGCCUUGGACAAAGCCCUCGGCGCCAUGGACCUGCAGAAGGUCUCGGCUGUGAUGGACAAAUUUGAGCAGCAGGUGCAGAACUUGGACGUUCACACUUCGGUGAUGGAGGACUCCAUGAGCUCGGCCACGACGCUGACCACGCCCCAGGAGCAAGUGGACAGCCUGAUUGUGCAGAUCGCGGAGGAGAAUGGCCUGGAGGUCAUGGAUCAGCUGAGCCAAUUGCCCGAGGGUGCCUCGGCAGUAGCAGAGAGCUCCGUGCGUUCCCAGGAAGAUCAGCUGUCACGAAGGUUGGCUGCCUUGCGGAAUUAACCCUCCCU